AUGGUGGAAAUGGAAACUGAGAUCCCAGGCAGCCUGGGCCCAGUUGGUGGCCGGGAGAGAGCCGGUCUGGCAGCCAACAAGUGUUCAACCAUGCUGGAUGAAGACGUCCCUGAGCAGGAGAAUGUGCUUCAGAGAGUCCUGCAGCUGCCAGUGGUGAGCGGCACCUGUGAGUCUUUCCAGAAGACCUACGCCAGCACCAAGGAAGCCCACCCCCUGGUGGCCUCUGUAUGCAAUGCCUAUGAGAAGGGCGUGCAGAGCGCCAGCAACUUGGCUGCCUGGAGCAUGGAGCCUGUGGUCCGCCGGCUGUCCACCCAGUUUACAGCUGCCAAUGAGCUGGCCUGCCGAGGCCUGGACCACCUGGAGGAAAAGAUCCCAGCGCUCCAGUACCCUCCCGAAAAGAUUGCCUCCGAGCUGAGGGACACCAUCUCCACACGCCUUCGCAGUGCCAGGAACAGCAUCAGCAUACCCAUCGCAAGCACUUCGGACAAGGUCUUGGGGGCGGCUCUGACCAGCUGCGAACUUGCCUGGGGCGUGGCCAAAGACACUGCCGAAUUUGCUGCCAACACACGAGCUGGCCGGCUGGCCUCUGGAGGGGCAGACCUGGCCCUGGGUGGCGUUGAAAAGAUGGUAGAGUUUCUCCUUCCUCCUGCCAAGGAAGAGGCAGCCCUUGGUCCUGGACACCAGCGGGCCCAGAAGAAGCCUGCCAAGGGCAAGCCAAGCCUCAUGAGCAGGGUGGGGGCCCUGGCCAACACUCUCUCGCGGCACACCUUCCAGACCACAGCCUGGGCACUAAAGCAGGGUCAUGCGGCGGCCAUGUGGAUCCCAGGUGUGGCACCUCUGAGCAGCCUGGCCCAGUGGAGCACAUCAGUGGCCAUUCAGGUGAUGUCCCGGCGGCAGAGUGAGGUGCGGGUACCCUGGCUGCACAAACUCGCUGCCAACCAGGAGGAGGACCAUGAUGACCAGACGGACACAGAAGGGGAGGAAACAGAGGAAGAGGAGGAGGAAGACGAGGAUGAGGACGAGGAGGAGAUGGAAGAGUUCAGUGAGGCGACAUUCCUACCCAGCCCCAAAGGCCUCUUGGGCAGUGUGGCACACACUGUGCAGAUGGCCCUCCAGGGCACCAUCUCAGCUGUGACAUGGGCGCCUGCCGCUGUGAUGGGCAUGGCAGGAAGGCUGUUGCAUCUCACAACCACCCCCGAUGUCUCCUCAAUCAACAAGAGGAGGGCAACCCUGUCGGAUGCUCUGAAAGGUGUUACUGACAACGUGGUGGAUACAGUGGUGCACUACGUGCCGCUCCCUAGGUUGUCACUGAUGGAACCGGAGAGCGAAUUCCGAGAUAUCGACAAUCCACCAUCUGAGGCCGAGCGCCGAGGCUCCGCGGCCCCAGCCACCAGCCCAGAGUCGUCUUCACGCCCGGCUCAGCCCCGUGGAAUGUUGCGCAACGCGCGGGGCCUGAGCGCGCCCGCCUGCCCGGGUCUGGAUGACAAGCUCGCCACGUCUCCCGGGUCCCGCCCGGCCUUCCCGGCUGUGCCGCGCGAGAAGCCCUUACGCAGGGUCAGUGAUAGUUUCUUCCGGCCCAGCGUCAUGGAGCCCAUCCUGAGCCGUGCGCAGUACAACCAGCUGCGCAAGAAGAGCUGA